UCGCCGUACUGUGACGUGUGGACUCGAGGAGAGCGCUGAGUGGGCGGGGCCAGGCUGAGCUUACCUGCGUGGAUGUUUGGAUGGCUCCGCUGAGCCACCUGACGCACGUGCAACAACAAAAGGAAGAGAGGGGAGGGUGAGCUAUUACGUGCUACAGCACAGCGUUACUCUUGCAGACACAAAGACUUUGAUGAAUGCGCGUGCGCAGCAGUCAGUGCGUGCGGGAGAGAAAAAAAGCUAGAGUAUCAAUCUUUUUACACAAGUAUUGCUCAAUACCAAUACCAGCGUUGGUAUGGAUAUUAUCGAUAUUUAGAUUGAUUCGCCCACCUCUAUUUUAGAAGUGAGCAGGAGAGUUGAGAAUGAGGUGGGGUGCUGACUAUCCAACAUCAUGACUCCACUAACACUCUUGCAGCACAGCAAUGAUCCAAAAGACUUCCCUGGACAGUAGAGACAGUUACUCCAACGAAGCAGAAUAAACUCUGACUCCAUAAACAGUGACUGAGCAGGUGUCCCAAUAUUGUCUGUAUGGUAUAUUGACUCUCUAAACUGUACAGAGAUCAGUGCAACAUUUAGAACAGGUAUACAGAAAAGUGACAUCACAACUCAAGAGCACAACAAAGAGAAAGUGAAACUGAAUGAAUCAGGAAGUUCAGCCAUCUUCACAGCAAGUUCUUCGUAGAAGUUCUUCCCAGAAACUCAAAGAGGAGGAAGAAAAUGGCAGAAUGUUCAGCAACCCUACAACAAAGAGAAACCAGUGAGAAAACUGAUGAACCAGAUAACGUUUCAGAAACAAACAGUGGUGCUGGAGCAGGAGCAGCAGAAGAAACAGGAGCAGCAGUGGCCAGUCCUGGCAGCUCUUCUGAAGAUGAGGUUAGAGAUGAGCAAAGACAAGAUCUAGAUGAACCUGGGGUUCCCUGUGAUAUUUGCACUGGAGAAAAAGCCCAGAUAUCCUGUCUGGAUUGUGGUCUGACUUACUGUAAAUCUCAUUUUGAGCCUCAUUAUAAUGUUCAGAAACUUAAAAAACACAAGCUGAUAAACCCAGUGAAGAACCUGGAGGAUUACAUCUGCCAGAAGCACAAGAAACCCCUGGAGCUGUUCUGUAAAGAUGAUCAGGCACAUCUGUGCCAAUUCUGCAUGGAGCUCGAGCACACAACUCACAAUGUUGUUCAUAUAAAUAAGACACAGGCACAGAUAAAGGACAUGAUCCAAGAGAGAGAGGAUAAGAUCAAAAAUAUCACACACACUGUAGAGCGCAGAAAAGGAAACGGAGAGCAGGUGAUUUUAGACAGUGUUAAAGUCUUCAAUGCUUUGAUGGACUUGUUUAAUAAAAGCCAGAAUAAGCUGUAUGAGGAGUUGAAUGAGAAGAAAAGAGCAGCAGAGAUGGAGGGUAAAGAGACCAUUAAAGAUCUGGAGCAGGAAAUCACUGAGCUAAAGAGGAGAGACACUGAGCUGGAGCAGCUCUUACACACUGCGGACCAACCCACCCCCUUACAGCUUUACACAUUCCUGAGCCCCUCACUCACCACCAACUGCAGUGAUAUCUGUGUUGACUCUUAUGUGAGUGUAGAGACUGUGAGGAAAGCUCUGUCUCAACUUCAGAGGAGUCUGAAUGAAGAAUUCACUAAAACUGUUAAAGAGAUCAGACAACCAAUGGUCUCAGAAGAACUGAAGAGGAUUCAUCAGCAUAAAGUGAAUGUGACUCUGGAUCCUGAUACAGCUAAUCCUUUUCUUAUCCUGUCUAAAGACGGAAAACAAGUGAGCUGUGGAGACAAAAAACAGAACCGUUUUCCGUUCUGUUGUGACAACCCAAAGAGAUUUGAUAAAUACAUUGAUGUUCUGGGAAAGAAGGGAUUCUCCUCAGGGAGAUUUUACUUUGAGGUGCAGGUCAGCGGGAAGACUGAUUGGAGUUUAGGAGUGGUGAAAGAGUCCGUUAACAGGAAGGAGGAGAUUGAUGUGAAACCACAGAAUGGAUUCUGGACUUUAAUUCUGAGGAAUGGGAAUGAAUAUACAGCUUGUGCAGAACACCCCGUCUCCCUCCCCCUGAGAGGGAAGCCCCAGAAGGUGGGGGUGUUUGUGGAUUAUGAGGAGGGUCUGGUCUCCUUUUAUGAUGUGGAGGCCAGGUCUCAUAUCUACUCUUACACCGGUCAGUCUUUCACUGGGAAUCUCUAUCCAUUGUUUAGCCCUGGUCUUAAUGAUGAAGGUAAAAACUCAGCUGCACUGAUCAUCACACCCGUAUCAAACACUGAAUAAAUAUUCAUCAGUAACUGUAAUGACAACAGAAAAGUUCAUUUUUAAUUUAACAUAUGGCAAUAUAUAGAUCAUAUGGAAUUCCCUUAUAUACAACAUAUCUUUGGCACAUAUUUAAAAAUAUGUGACAUUUAUGCCAUAUUCUUUAAUAUGGUAUAUACACACUCAUUGCCAACAACUUUAUACACCUAGAAGUGGUUGUUGAAUUGGAAUGAAACAUAAUAUGUAUAAUAUAAUAACUAUUUACUGUAUGUAAGUGAUUAUAUUAUUACAUUAAAAGAAUCUGUCUAUUUGGGAAAUUGUACUAUUAAAAAGAGGCUCUAGUACCCUGCUGAGCUGCCAAUAAAAUGGAAAAUGAGAUACGGUUGGGCAUGGAGGCAUACAGGUUCUGUAUUGCAUCCUUUUGUAGAAAAGUAAUGUUGUAUCUGGGCCAGUUAAUCAUGUACACUUGUAGGUUGGCGAAGCUGGCGCCCCAGCUAAUCCAAUAAAUGUUUGCUUGGCGAUGGCACCCCAGAUUAUCACACCAGCAGUUGGGGCAGUGUGUUGCUCCACAAUGAGGGAAGGAUUGAUUGCUCACCUCAAAGCCUUCACACAUUACAUUGCCGGUCAUCAUAUCCCAAAUGGAACCUGGAUCUUGUACUAAGACCUAAUGUUUGGCCACACCUGUAAUCAUUUACAUAUCUGCCAUAUGCCUUAUGAGACAUGACUGCAUGCUGAAAAUUGCAGCAAUUUUUUUUUGUGUGUUUAUUUCAGUAAUAUGUCAGAAUUUAACAAUAUAAAGUGGUGUCUUAUAGUGUUAAUUACAGUUCAUGUUUUGAAUAAGAGUGUUUAAUUAUUGAUUGUUCCAUGUUGGGUUGCUUUGACUAGUUGCUGCCCCUAUGUUCAAUUUGAUCGGCAGAUCUUUACUGCCACGCUAAAACCCUGUAUAGCUAUACUUUUGCUAAUCACUAUUUCUCUUGCUAAUUGCUAAUUCUAUACUAAAUGAAUUAGCAAUAUGUGUUGUGAAGGAGGAACUAUUGAAAUGUCAGGUCCAUUUUUUUUUCAGUGUAUCACCACACAUACACCGAGUUACUGUUUAUGUCAGUUGUGUCAGUGUUCAGUUAAUGAUGAGUUUACUGCUGUAUCAGGUGAUGGUAAGUGUGAAAUACUGGUGUUGUGGGUGAGUGUGUUUUAUUAUCUGCUGUUAUUGAUUAAGUUCUCCUUUAGAUUAGAAUGGACAUUGCUAAAGUGUAACAACUCUGCAAAGAGAAAACUAUGAACAUUUCAUACCCUUAUUAUACUUUUUUUUUCUUCUUUUUGUGUGUGAU